AUGUCUGAUCCCCAAGCAGAUCUUUCGGCCGACCUCCCGCCUGCCGCCCACCAGGCUGCCGGCCACGACGGAUGUCUCUCAUCCGGCCCGAUUUUCGCCAAGCCGUCGACUUCGCAAGAAAUCGACUUCUACACCCAAUUGGCGCCCCACGCCUUCGACCACGAGCCGGGCUCCCAUCUCGCACACUGGAUGCCCACGUACAUGGGUCUCUUGGCGUCCAAGGACUCGCCCGAGCCGCCGUUCAUCGUGUUGCAGAACCUCUACCACGGCAUGGCCAAACCGUGCAUUCUCGACAUCAAGCUUGGCGCCGUUUUGGUUGACGACACGGUCACCGAGGAGAAACGGCGCCGCUUGGCCCAGGUUAGCGCCGAGACAACCAGCGGCUCUUUGCAUUUCCGUGUUUGUGGAAUGAAGGUGUAUUGCCCCGACUCCGCGGCAUCUCCGCGGGACGUUCUACCACUGCUCGCGGACUCAAUUACCGAGGAAAAGCACCUGGACGGCGCUUAUCUCUCCUUUGAUAAGACCUUCGGCCGGCGGCUCACGCCGGAGUCGGUGGUUUCCGGUAUCGGAGCGUUUUUUGCCCCGUUUCCCCACAGGAAAAGACUCUAUACUCGAUUCCACCAACGCUUGCAAUUGUUGUACAAUUGCUUGCUCGACACAGAGGUCCGGAUCAAUUCGGGCUCCUUGUUGUUUCUAUACGACGCGGACGAGAGCAGAUGGGCUGGCUUGGACGACGAUUCUUACUUGGACGCUGAUCCUCUCCUAGCAGAAGACGAAGAAGACGAAGAUGAAGAGGAUGAAGAAGACGACGAUGAAGACGACGAUUCAAAAGAAAAGCAGAGCAAAUACAAGGGGCCGCUUAGUAGACUAAAGCUCAUCGACUUUGCCCACGCAAAACUAGUGCCCGGGGAAGGUCCCGACGAAAAUGUCAUUGUGGGCAUCGAAAACUUGUUGAACGUGUUUGCGCAAUUGAUCAAUCACUAG